AUGUCCACCUCAACAUGGCCUCCCUUCUACACCCUCCCUUCCUCCCCCACAAUUACCACCCAGGACCGCUUCGGCCUCCUCGACGCAGACAUACCGUCCGUCCCCUUCUGGUCCGUACUCAGCGCACUCCUUACACCCCCUGUUACCUCUGUUUCCGCCUUCCUAGACAUUCUGGAAACUAUCGCCGUUGAACUGCGUGGAACAGCUCCCCCCGACUACCACACGCUAAAGUCAUGCCUCCAUGCGCGCGAAGAAGAGCUUCUGAACACUAUCUGGCCGAAAGUGAAGGAGCUAGCGCUUGAUAUGCCGCGUUUAUUCCCUAUGCAUCGAUUGCCGGUGCUGAAGGAGGGUGGCACGGGGAAGGUGGGAUUGAGUAGAGAGCAGGUUGGGUGCCUAGUCGCGCAUCAAUUUCUGAGUACGUUGGCUGCGCCUCUCUGGCAAGAUGGAUUCCAAAAUUUUGAGAUCUGGUACCAGGGGGAGCAGCCGCAUGUCAGUGCGCCGGGAAUCUACAUCACUGCUGUGUUGGACUAUUUCGCACAGAUGGCGAUAGCGGAGGAGAGGCUGGAGUGGACUGUGACGUACGAACUAGUAUCGCGAUCUGAAGUAUCCUUUGGAAAUGGCGUGCUCCAAGAUAGAUUGAAAGAGCUCGGAGAUAUCACAAUUACAGGCUUGAGCGAGAAGACAUCCGAGCCACAGUUUCUCGGCACAUCAGGCAACGCAGUCGUCAUAUCCGCCAACAAAUUCAUCGGCUUUGGACGCUCCGCUACACAGGAAGAAGUCUUCGUCGGUACAACGCCAGAGGCAUGCCCGGCCGUGUUAGUCACGCCGCCUCUGACGGAUUCCCAAGUGCUGGUUGUGCGAGGAUGCGAGACAGUAGUGAAGACGGUGGGUCAAGGGAGAAAGAUCAGAAUGUGUGGCACACAUACUGCACCGCAAGGUGAAAACGGUAAGGAGUAUAAAAUUAAGUGGCUGGAUAGAACAAUGCUUUUCAUGGACGCGCUGGAAUUAGACUCGUACGAUGGAACAGCGUAUCCGGACGUCGAACACACCAACGUAAAGCGCGAGAUGGCGAAGGCGCUGAGAGCUUUUGGAUCAGCGAGCUAUCCUAGAAUAUACACGGGACUGUGGGGAUGCAGGACGUUUGGUGGUGAUCCAGGGGUUAAGAUGACCAUCUUAUGGCUUGCGGCGAGUGUCAAGGGGUCUGCGCUGACGAUUAUGCAUGAAGAGGGAAGGGAAGAUUUCGCGGAAAAGAUGGUCAGGUUUAUGGAGAUGGUGAGGGCGAGGAGGUAUAAGGUUGGUGAUGUAUGGGAUAUGUUGUGGGAGGCUGAAGGGAGCAGAAUAGCGAAGUGGGGGUUUUUGGAUUGGGUUUUAGGGUAA